GGCUUGAGGAUUACAAAAAGGAAAAAAAAAAGUUGAGAAAGUGUGCUCGAUGGAGGGGGUCCCUUUAAAGAAAAGCUUGGACUUGUGAUCCAGUAAAGCAGCAAGCUCACAAGCUGAGACUGACACUACGGAACUGCCAGUUAUACGGACCUUGUGCAUUUUCCUUCAACAAAACCCCCAAAGUCCAACCAUAAUGCCUCGAAGUCUCUUCUGCUUUUCCAUUUUCCUGAUUUGCCUGGGUGGAGAGUUCAGACUUCUGUGCUAUGCCCAGUAUGAGAACUGGCCGUAUGGUGAGAGCUAUCAUGAAAUAGAGCAAUACCAAGCUCCUCAGGUGCCACAAGACAUUCCAAAAAUUCAGCUGCGACUGGCAGGGGAGAAACGCAAACACAAUGAAGGCCGAGUAGAAGUUUUCUACAAUGGAGAGUGGGGCACAGUCUGUGAUGAUGACUUUUCCAUCCACGCAGCCCAGGUGGUUUGCAGAGAGUUGGGGUAUGUGGAAGCUGUGUCCUGGUCGGCUGCUUCCAAGUAUGGAAGAGGAGAAGGGCGUAUUUGGCUUGACAAUGUCCACUGCACUGGAAAAGAGAAGACAUUGGCCCAGUGCUCUUCUAAUGGCUUUGGAGUUUCUGAUUGCAAACAUACAGAGGAUGUUGGUGUUGUCUGUAGUGAUAAGAGAAUCCCAGGCUUCAAAUUCAUCAAUACACUGACCAACAGUGUAGAGAAUCUGAACAUCCAGGUGGAAGAUGUUCAGAUACGAGCAAUCCUUGCCUCUUAUCGAAAACGCAUUCCGGUGACAGAGGGCUAUGUGGAGGUGAAGGAUGAAGGAAAAUGGAAGCAGCUCUGUGAUGUGAACUGGACCCAACAGAACAGCCGUGUCAUAUGUGGCAUGUUUGGAUUUCCUGGAGAGAAGAGAUUCAAUGCAAGAGUGUACAAGAUGUUCGCACAAAGGAAAAAGCCUGUGUACUGGGGCUACUCUGUGAACUGCACUGGAAAUGAAGUCCACCUCUCCAGUUGCAAGAUGGGAUCGUCUGUUUUGCGAAAGGACAAUGUUUCCUGUGAAAGAGGGAUGCCAGUUGUGGUCAGCUGCAUUCCAGGCCGAGCAUUUGCCCCGACUACAAUGUCAGGAUUUAGGAAAGCUUUCACACAGGCGCAACCUUUGGUGCGUUUGAAAGGAGGUGCAAUUGUGGGUGAAGGAAGAGUGGAAGUGCUGAAGAAUGGGGAAUGGGGAACAAUCUGUGAUGAUAAUUGGAAUGUCAUCUCUGCCAGUGUUGUAUGCCGAGAGCUUGGCUUUGGAAGUGCCAAAGAGGCCCUGAAUGGUGCUAGACUGGGCCAAGGGAUGGGUCCAGUUCAUAUGAAUGAGGUGGAGUGUUCUGGAUUUGAGAAGUCCUUAACAGACUGCUACUUCAACAAGGAGUCUGUAGGGUGUAGCCACGAAGAAGAUGCUAGUGUGAGGUGCAAUGUCCCUGCAAUGGGCUUCCAGAAUCAGCUGCGCCUGAGUGGUGGACGCAACCCUUUUGAAGGUCGUGUUGAGGUGCUGGUGAAGAAGAAUGGGACAUUAAAGUGGGGAACAGUCUGCAGUGAUGGCUGGAGUACGAUGGAAGCCAUGGUGGUAUGCCGCCAGCUUGGCUUGGGAUUUGCCAGUCAUGCUUUCCAGGAGACGUGGUAUUGGCCAGGGGAUGUAACAGCAGAUGAUGUGGUGAUGAGCGGAGUCAAGUGCUCAGGAACGGAAAUGGCCCUAUCCCACUGUCUACAUCAUGGCACCGAUGUCAUCUGCCCCAAAGGUGGAGCCCGCUUUGCGGCUGGCGUCUCGUGCUCUGAGUCUGCCCCAGAUCUUGUCCUGAACCCGCAAGUGGUGGAGCAGACUACAUACCUUGAGGAUCGACCUAUGUUCAUGCUGCAGUGUGCCUAUGAGGAGAACUGCCUGGCCACUACAGCUAACAAUGUCCCAGCCAAUUCCUACCGACGCCUCCUUCGUUUCUCUUCACAGAUCCACAACAAUGGUCAAUCUGAUUUCCGUCCCAAAGCAGGGCGCCAUGCCUGGAUUUGGCAUGAUUGUCACAGGCACUAUCACAGCAUGGAGGUGUUUACACAUUACGACCUGCUAAGUCUCAAUGGUUCAAAGGUUGCUGAGGGACAUAAAGCAAGCUUCUGCCUGGAGGACACAGAAUGUGAUGAAGGAAUUCAUAAACGGUAUGAGUGUGCCAAUUUUGGUGAACAGGGAAUAACUGUGGGCUGCUGGGAUACGUAUCGCCAUGACAUAGACUGCCAGUGGGUUGACAUCACUGACGUCAAGCCUGGAGAUUACAUUUUUCAGGUGGUGAUCAACCCGAAUUAUGAAGUGUCUGAAUCCGAUUAUUCUAAUAACGUGAUGAAGUGUCGAUGUAGGUACGACGGACAUAGAGUGUGGAUGUACAGCUGUCAUAUAGGUGGCUCAUUUAGUGCUGAAACUGAAGGUACUUUCCCAGAUCUUCUAACCAACCAAUUAUCACGCCGGUAAAGAAAAAGAAAAUGAAGAUAUUAAAAGAAGAUGGACUCUGCAGUAAUGCCCAGUGGGAUGAAACCAGCUAACCACAAAUACAUUUUCUAAUACACAAGUUUAAACAAUUUAUUAAAUAUUAAGAAGCUCCUCAAUUUAUGUUAUUCCAUGAUGUCAGCUACAGUUCUGUCAUAGCAUAUUCAAUAGUCAAGUUAAAUUUAACCAAGUGGUGUCUUCUGGGAAGUCUAGGUUAACCACAAAAUGAAAGAUCACCUUCCCCAUAUCAGGAUGCCUGUAACAUUGUGCAAGGUGUAACUCAAGUUGCAUCAGCAAGAGUUAUUUUUGACAAGUAAUUUUAUAAAACAUAAUAGAAUCUCAAUGUGCCAUAUUUAUAUGUUUUGGUGGUUUGUAUUUUUCUCAACAUUUGUUAAUUGGGAACAAUGCACUAUUUGCUAAACCAAUAAAAGAUGGCCAUUUGGAUACAAGAUGAAACACUGCUUACAAUACAUGCCAUUCCCAAUGUAACUGUUAAAUCUGCAUCCAGAAAACAGGCAUAUGUUAAAAAGAAAAACCCAGUGAGCUUGGCCUUCUUUAACCCUCAGCCCCCCACCUCUGAGCUGCAGGGACGUUAAGAAAUGCUGCGCUUACUGAUGACAAACUGCUACGGUGGCUACAACGCCAAACAGCAGUACAGGCCUCCAGUACUACAGCAGUGCACACUGUACCUGACUUCAUCAAUUUGGGUUUUUCCUACUCUGGUAUAGCACAAGCAUUUAUUAGUAACUUAUUGUUGUUAAGAGUCAGGGAUUUUCUGCAGCUUGUAUUUUUGUGACAGCCAAAUAUUGUUUCAUGUCCAUAAAUUAUGUGCGAGUGAAACUUUUAUUUUGUUGGGGUACUUUGUGAGUUUCAAUGGUGCUAAAUGUGUUCCUCUAUUUUAGGAGGAAACCCCUAUUACCAGCCAAAUAGUAAUCUAUGCAUUUACUUGAAUAAAUAUAUAAUUUUGCUUUUUCAGUA